AUGAUGAUUGACUUCUUUCCACAGAGUGACAUGCAUGAUUAUAACAUCCUUCAAGACACUGACCAAGCUGUAGCUCCAAAAGCAAUUGACAUGCCAACAUGUUUACUGUGUGUUUGCCUGACUGGAUCCGUCUAUUGCGAGGAGGUGUCCCCUGAAAUGUCAGCAGUUCCUGCAUUGCCAAAAGAAACAGUUUAUCUCUUUGCACGCUUCAACAAAAUCUCCAAAAUAACUAAUAACGAUUUUGCAGACAUCAGCACACUCAAAAUAAUUGAUUUAAGUUGGAAUCUUAUCACGGAGAUUGAGGAUGGAGCUUUUUCCAGACUUGCAAAUCUUGAGGAGCUCAAUCUUGCUAAAAACAGGCUGACUAAAUUGCCCACACUUCCCAUCAGGCUGAUGUCUUUCAACGCCAACUUCAAUAAGCUUACAACACAAGGUGUAAAGUCCACUGCUUUCAAGAAACUCUCAAGACUGGCAUAUCUUUACCUUGGAAACAAUGAGCUGACCGCUAUUCCUCAACUUCCAGAAUCUCUACAUACUGUGCACCUACAUAACAACAAGAUCAAAACAAUGACAGACGAGACAUUCUGCCAAGGAAACACCAGUUACUACAUCCGAGCAAACAUGCACGAGGUGAGACUGGAUGGAAACCCCAUCCAGCUGUGGAAGUACCCUUUCAGCUUCAUCUGCCUGCACAAUCUGCCAAUCGGGUUGUACAACUGA